AUGUCCGAUCGCGAGUUUAGCGCAAAUGACGAUCUAUCGCUUCCAAAAGCAACCGUCCAAAAAAUAAUCACCGAGAUUUUGCCCCCCUCCACCGGCCAAACCUUCGCCAAAGAUGCGCGCGACCUUUUAAUGGAAUGCUGCGUCGAGUUCAUUACCCUCAUCUCCUCUGAGGCAAACGAUAUCAGCGAAAAAGAAGCCAAAAAGACGAUUGCAUGUGAACACGUCGAGAAGGCGUUGAGGGAUCUCGGAUUCGGGGAUUAUAUUGGUGAAGUUCUAGCUGUUGCGGAGGAGCAUAAGGAAGCUUUGAAGACGCGAGAAAAGAAAGCGAGCAAAAUGGAACAGAGUGGUUUGACGGCCGAAGAGCUGCUACGACAGCAACAGGAACUCUUUGCGUCGGCGGGACAGAAAUUCAACGCGGGAUCUGAGUGA